GACGUAAAAUCUUGUACUACUACCUAUAGUACAUAUUUGUAAAACUAUAAACAAAGGAAAGAAAAUGCAGGUUAAUUAAGCGUUCCUUAAGAGGAGGUAGAUAAAAAAUUCAAACAGUAAUUAGAAAUCGUUACUAAUUAGCAAUGGCAGCAGUGACAACUCAACAACCUCAGGCCUCGGACCAGAGUGGCCCUGAUUCUGUGCUGCUUAAGAGUGGCUCUAUUACCAUUAGACAUUUAAGGAACUCAGAGGAGGACUUCAAAUUCUUUGCAAGAGUGUUAGUCGAAGCCUUCGAAGGAAAAUUUGUUUAUGCUACAAGUAAAGGCAGCCUUCCCGACAUGGAACAAUACAUGGUUAACAGACUGAGAGGGCGACCCCCGCAGUAUUACGAGAGAAAUCUGGUGGGGGAGUAUGAAGGGGAAAGGGCAUGUGCUUGUGUCCUGGUUUACAAUGGAGAUAGUGAACUCUUCCCGGAGAGAGAAGAGGACAUGCCCCCACUUGGAUGUACAGAUAUUUGCGGGCUUCUGUGUAUGGAAUGUGCUUUAGGGGGUGAGAAGGUCCCACCAGGAAAAUGCUAUUUAGAUACCAUUGGUGUAGAUGCCAAAUUUCGGGGAAAGGGUAUAGGAAAAGUUAUGUUAGAUGCAGCUGAUGCUGAUGCCAAGAGAAGAGGAUGCAAGUCAAUUUACCUUAAGGUAGCCUCUGACAAUCGUGCUAAGCACCUUUAUGAGAGACAUGGAUAUGUACUCAAGGAUAGAACCUCUCGCUGCUGCUGUAUGUGGUGUCAGACAGGGAUCAAAGAAUUUCUAACAGUGGAAAAGUCAUUGGAGUGAUAUUAAAAACUACUAAGAAGACUCUACUGGUGUCAGGAAUUAUAUCUAAUUGAUUUCAUUUGACUAAUUAUUAGUAGAUAUAUCCUUUUACAUAUGUAUAAUACAUGUAUGUGUCCUUCUCACUUGUGUACAGUUUAUAUACAUGUAUUUAUAUAUUGUAUAUUUAUGUAUUCAUACAUUAUUUCUUUUUAGUUUUCUGUUACAUGUACUGCAGCAUAUUUUAAAUGAAAUUAUAUUUUUAAAACAUUUUACUUUUUCAGGCA